GGGAAUGGAGCUCAUACGGAAGGACAAUCCUACUAAGGAAGAAUACGUCCUUGGACGUAUUCUUUCAACAUUCGGAAUGCGGAAGGUGUCCACAGACAAAGUUAAGAAGCUUUUCGAAAGUCAAGAGAUCUCGGAAAAUCUUGAGAAAUUCUUCAAACCGGAGAUGGGAGUUUUCUGGUUGAUGGCUUUACAAACUAGUGCCGAAGCCAUCCAGUUGCACUCAGAACUACCUCCCCUCAACUCCAUAAAGAAGAAGGCAGUGCUUGUUUUCAAGCCAAAGAUGGACUACGAUCUUGAGAUUGACGAAAAGAACAUGAUGAAUGAGAUUAGUAUUAUCGAAAUUAAGAGAAGCGUGCUAGAUAAUCUUUCAGUUAUCUGUAAGGAAGUCUUCUUGCCAAUCCUCAGCAACCCUGAUAACCAAAAAGAGUGGUCAGAGCUAGUAUCUAAAGAUCUAAUGGAUAAAUUCAACCACUUCUUAGCCCAAGUUUAUGUCACUAUUGGGCAAGUGAAAGGAAGGACUUUGUUACCUCUUCCACCAAGUGAUGCUACAAGCUUUGAGAGCAAGUCAAGCAAAGACAAGGCUCAUAUUCUGGAAAGCUCGAUCAUCACUUGGACUAGACAAAUCAAGAAUGUUCUAAAGCAAGAUCCAGAAAGUGCACUCAAGUCUGGAAACAAUCCAGAUCCUUUAACUGAGAUAGAAUUCUGGAAGAACAAGGCAGAGAACUUGAACUCAAUUUACAAGCAACUCCAAAGUGAGAAGAUCAAGAAGGUCUUGAAGUUCCUUGAACAAAACAAGAGUACUUACACUGGACCUUUCGGAAGAUUACAGAAAGAUGUGCAGACAGCUAGGACUGAAGCUAAUGACAACCACAAGUACUUGAUUACAUUGAAGGACCUCUUCAUUGGAUUGACUGAAGAAACUGCUGAAUUUGAGAAUCUUCCAAAUUUCUUCUAUCCAAUCAUGCAUACUAUCCUGCUGAUUUGGAAGAACUCUACCUACUAUAACACUCCUUCAAAGCUAGUUGUGUUGAUCAGAGAGAUAUGUAAUGCUAUUAUCAGCCAAGCUCUCAACUACAUCAAUGGAGAACAAAUCUUUGCUCUUAUCAAGAACGAAGAAGCCAAGGAAGCCAACGAUCAUCUGACUAAGACCUUGGAAGUGUGCUCGAAGUUCAAGGAAGCUUACUACGUGUACAGAGAAAAAGCUGAUAAUGAGUGGAAGAUCACUACCAAUGCUCUCUUCGUAAGACUUGAUGCAUUCGCUGAAAGAUGCCAGGAUAUUAUCCACCUUACUUCCACUAUUAUCCAGUUCAAUAAGCUCGCGAAGAUUGAAAUUGGUGGAACUAAGGGUAAAACCCUCACUGAGACAGUCCACGGAAUCCUCAGAGAGUUCGAAGAGAUAGUCGAGAAAUUCCAAGAGAAGGAUUAUGACAUCAUGGACAUCUCUAUCAAGAAGUUCGAUGAUGACUUCUUCAUCUUCAGAGGAAAGAUCAAAGAGCUUGAGAGAAGACUUGCCUCAACUCUAACCCAAGGAUUUGAUGACAGUGAUACCAUCCAAGGAAAAUUCAAACUUCUUGAGUCAUUUGAAGGACUUCUCACCAGACCAAUUAUCCAAGAUGAACUUGAGAAAAAGCAUAUCAUUUUGCUAGAUCUGUAUAAGAACGAUCUGAAAAUUGUUCAGAACAUCUUCCAUGAAGGAAAAGCUCUUGUCGAUAAAAUUGAUGAGAGAGCACCAAUUGGAAACAACAUGCCUCCAAUUGCAGGAGCUAUCUAUUGGACUACAGGUCUUCUUGAAAGAAUUAAAGAGCCUAUGGAGAAACUAUCUACUCUUUCACAAUCCAUUCAGGAUAGAGAAGAAUUCAAAGACAUUCAGAAGCUGUAUGCCUCUAUCUGCAAGAGUCUCAAAGAAUUUGAAGACCAAAAAGUAGCCUCUUGGGAAGACAGUGUUGACGACCAUACUGACGAAAACCUUAAGAAGAACCUCUUGAUAAUGGAAGAAGAAGAAGAUCAGAACUACCUUGCAGUCAACUUCGACCCAAUGCUGGUUGGACUUCUCAGAGAAGUUAAAUAUCUGAGACUUUUGAACUAUCAAGUACCAGAGAAAGCUCAAGGACUCUAUGAUAAGGUAGAUACUUACAGAACUCAGACUGGAAACCUUGACUUGAUUGUACAUAUGUACAAUGAGAUCCUCUCUACUCUCUUGCCUGUUGAAAAGCCACUUUUGAAGAGCAAGAUUGAGCAUAUAGACAAAAUCCUGCAACCAGGAAUUGAUACUCUAAAGUGGAAUGAUUCGAACAUUAAUCCAUUUAUCAAAGAAGCUAUGGAAAUCAUCACUGACGUCAGCAUGCUUGUUAAAAAGAUGAAAGAGAAUGUCAGGAAGAUGGAAGUCAUGACUGAAGGAUGGUGCAAGCCACUUUAUGACAGAAGGAACAAACCAAUGUCUCCAGAUGAUCUCGAACAAACCCAUGCUGCCUCUAUUGAUAAUAGACUCUCUGAUAUUACUAAUGAGGGUAAAGAGAUUAACAGGUUGCUCAAGGAUACCAUGGAUCACAUUAAACCAUCUAAGAAAUCUCAUGAGUGGAGAGCUUACCAGGACUACAUUAACUGUGUCAUUAUUGAUGGUAUAACUAAGGCAAUUGUCAGCUCAAUCCAUCAUCUCUCAGAUCAGAUCUCCAUUGACUACAACAGGCAUAAUGACUUGCAGCCAAUGUUUGAUGUUAAGGUGUGACUUGGAGACAAAGAUGUUGAAUUUGAACCACCAAUCAGAAGUAGUGAAUCAGAAAAUGGUAUCAGAGACAUCAUCUUCAGAAUUGUAGAUGGAUUUAUUUCCAUUGCCAUCAAGAUCAACAGAGUUGAUAACCAACAACUCGAUUAUCUUAUUGAAGUGAAAGACCAAAUGACUAUGUUCUUCGCCCUAUCUUUGAUCUCAAAGAACAUGAAUGAAAUGGAGAAUGAGACUGACUCUUUCUUGACACAAUAUGAUAGUUUCUCUUUCCUCUGGAAAGAUGAUAUUGAAGUCAGUUUCAAGGAAUUCAUUGAGGGUGCCGGAGAAGCCCCAGUACACAUGAAACCAGUUGAAGGAGGUGAAGAUGGAGAAAUGGAAGAAGAUGAAUCAUACAAAUGGAUGGCUGAAAAGAUCCUUGACGGAAUCACAAUCAACAAACCAUCCCUUGAAGCUUUUGAUGAAAAGAUUACUUUCCUUACUAGUAUCUCAGGAAAAAUCCAAGAAAUGGAAACCUCUACUCCAAGAGGUUGGUUGAAGAUUAAUUCUCAACCUCUCAAGGACUCUUUGAGCCAGAUUAUCCAUUCAUGGAUUAAGAAGUACACUCAAUUCUUGCUUGAAAACACUGUACAAGAAAUUAACAACAUGAUAAACUUCACAAAUGAAGUAAAUGACGGAAUAAAGGUCAUUCCAGAAAAGGUUGACUCUCAAGAAGAGAAAGAUCUCCUCAUGAAAGUAAUGACUCAUCUUAGAGAUGUCAAAAUGAUCAAGGAUCAUGCCCUCAGCGAAAUUAACCCAAUGAAGGAAACAGUUCAACUUUUGAAGAAGCAUGGUGUCCAGGCUGAUGAAGACCUUCUCCUCAAAAUUGAGAACUCAAAGACCCAGCUGACUGAAGUAUCUGAGAGAGCUUUGGGAUCAAUCAAGGAACAAAUUCUUCCAUUGCAGACCCAAGAAGGAAGAAACAUCAAGAAGCAAUUGGACCAAUUCUCCAUUACUAUUGAGAAGUAUAGAGAGGAAUUCUUGAAGGAUCUGCCUUUCCAUAUCAAAGAUACAUCAGACAAUAUUAUCAAUAGUGCCUAUGAAAAAAUCUCAAUUUACUAUGACAAGACUAUUAAGCUAGAAGACCAAGCUAAGAAAUACAACAAUCUUGAGACCUUGUUCGAACUUCAGAAGUCAGGCUACUCUGAUCUCAAGGACUGUAAGAAUGAACUUAAGAGUCUUAAAUACAUGUGGGAUCUCAUUCAGCUAGUCCACUACCAAUUCAAUGCGUGGAAGCUCACAUUGUGGGAUAAGAUUGAUACUGAUUUCUUGCUUGCUCAGAUCAAGGAACUCCAGAAGAAGCAAGUAAACCCUGUUAAUCCUGCUAACAAAGAGAUCAAGAACUGGUCUGCAUUCACUGCUCUGAACGAAAGAGUAAAGAACAUGGCUGUAAUUCUUCCUUUGAUCAGUGAUUUACACUCUAAAUCUAUGAUGAACAGACACUGGAAGAAAUUGAUGGCAAUCACUGGAAAGAAUAUCCAAUUCAGCUCUCCAAAAUUCUGCUUGGAAGAUCUCAUUCAACUCGAACUCUACAAAUAUUCUGACGAUGUCAAUGAACUGGUCGAUUCAGCCAACAAAGAGGCAAGAAUUGAGACUAACUUGGGAAAAAUCCAAAAAGUUUGGGAAGACGAAGUCCUUUCCUUCAAUGAGUACAAGGGAUGCUUUAUCAUUGGUGCACUUGACGAAACUAUUGAGUAUGUUGAUGAUCAUUCAAUGCAACUCAUGGGAAUGAUGUCCCAGAAAGAUGUUGAAGAGUUCAAGGAAACUGUCCUUGAAUGGCAGAAAAAGCUCAAGGCUGUAGAUACUCUCCUCGGAAUCUGGAUUAAAGUACAGAAGAACUGGCAAAGAUUAGAGACUAUCUUCCUUGCUUCUGAAGAUAUCAAGGCUCAACUUCCUGAAGAUACAAAGCGAUUCCAAAAAGUGGAUUCUGACUGGCGUGAACUUAUGAUUGAGGCUGAGACUGAACCAAGUGUUAUUGAAGCCUGUAACUAUGAAGGAAGAGAAGAACUAUUGUUUGAAAUGCACUCUGAAAUUGAACUCUGCGAGAAAUCCUUAAAUAACUACCUUGAACAAAAGAAGAAGGUUUUCUCCAGAUUCUACUUUGUCUCCAACCAGGCCUUGCUCGAUAUUCUGUCUAACGGUAACAAUCCAGAAAUUGUCAACGGUUAUCUUGGGGAUUGUUUCAACGGAAUGAAAUGUGUCAAAUUUGUCGAAGAAGGACCAAGGCCUUACAAGGUUGCUGAAGGAAUGAUUUCUAAAGAGAACGAAUAUGUUAAGUUUGGAAACAAAUUCGAAUUCAACGGAGCAGUCGAAAACUACUUGUGAGACCUUGAAACAAAGAUGAUGCACACUUUGAGAGAUAUUGCUGAAGUCGCUAGAGGAACAGCAGAAACUUGGGACCUUGACACAAAGAGACACAUCUGGCUUGAUGAUUAUUGUGCUCAGAUCUCCCUCCUCAUCACCCAGAUAGUCUGGACUGAAGAAGUCAACCGUGCUUUUGAAGAACUUGAAGGUGGAGGAGAAGGAGCGAUGAAGAAUUAUCUCGCUGAGAUCAAAAACAGAAUUGGAUUCUUGAUUGAAAGAGUAAGAGAAGACUUGUCUAAAGAACUCAGAGAUAAGGUCAUCACUAUCAUUACAAUUGAUGUUCAUGAAAGAGAUGUUGUCCAGAAGUUUGUCGAACAGAGAAUUGAUGAUAUGGGAUCAUUCGCUUGGCAGUGUCAGCUUAAGUUCUUCUGGAGAGAAGAUAAAACUGAUGAAAAGAAGCACUGCUUCUCAGAAAUUUGUGAUUACUUCCUAAGGUAUUCUUAUGAAUAUGUUGGAAACUGUGGUAGACUUGUUAUCACUCCACUUACUGAUAGAUGUUACAUCACCCUGACUCAGGCUUUGAACUUGACAAUGGGAGGAGCUCCAGCUGGACCAGCAGGAACUGGAAAGACAGAGACUGUAAAGGAUCUUGGAAGAGCCUUGGGACUUCCAGUCGUGGUAUUUAACUGCUCAGAUCAGAUGAAUUAUGAAUCAAUGGCUCAGAUCUUUCUGGGAUUGUCUCAGAGUGGAUCAUGGGGAUGCUUCGAUGAGUUCAAUAGAAUCAGUAUUGAAGUGUUAUCAGUCGUCUCUACCCAAGUAAAGUCAGUCCUUGAUGCUUUGAAGGAAUGUGCUGAUAAUCCUAGUAAAGGAAACAUGUUCACCUUCCAGGAAGAAGAAGUAAAACUCAGACUCACAGCUGGAUUUUUCAUUACUAUGAACCCAGGAUAUGCCGGAAGAACUGAAUUGCCAGAAAACUUGAAAGCUUUGUUCAGAAGUUGCGCUAUGGUUGUCCCUGAUAUUAUUCUCAUUUGUGAGAACAUGCUUAUGUCUGAAGGUUUCAAAGAUGCCAAAGAAUUAUCUGAGAAAUUCAUGACCUUGUACACUCUUUGUAAGAGUCUUCUCUCUAUUCAGAUUCACUAUGAUUGGGGUCUCAGAGCUGUAAAGUCUGUAUUAAGACAAGCAGGAGGGCUUAAGAGAGAAGAUCCAAGUGCUCCAGAACAAAGAAUUCUCAUGAGAGCCUUAAGAGAUUUCAACUUGCCAAAGAUUGUCUCUUAUGAUAGGAAUAUCUUCUUGGGGUUGAUCAACGAUCUUUUCCAAGGUAUUGAAGUUGAAGCCAAGACCAAUCCAACACUCAAAGAAGCUGUUACACAGAUGACCUUGAAAGAUAAGAAGCAGGCUGAAGAAGCUUUUGUUCUCAAAUGCGUUCAAUUCUACGAAAUCUUACAAGUCAGACAUUGUAUGUUUAUCAUUGGUAAUGCAGGAAGUGCUAAGACUACAAUCUGGAAGAUCCUUGCUGAUGCCUUGAACCACUUGGGUGAGAAGACUAUAUAUGAAUUUGCUGAUCCAAAGGCUGUCACCUCAGAUGAAUUGUUCGGAGCAAUGAAUCCAAAGACUAAAGAAUGGAAAGAUGGAGUUCUUUCUACAAUCAUGAGAGACAUGAACAGAAAUAAUGGAAGAUUUAAUGCUGACCAAGUCUACAAAUGGGUUGUCUUAGAUGGAGAUGUUGAUCCUAACUGGAUCGAAUCACUCAACACUGUCAUGGAUGAUAACAAGGUGCUCACGCUUGUGUCUCAGGAACGUAUUCCAUUGACUCCAGAGAUGAGACUGAUUUUGGAAGUAUCUCAUUUGGAUAACGCCACUCCAGCUACUGUUUCAAGAGGAGGAGUCUUGUUCAUCAACGAUACUGAUGUUGGAUGGAGGCCAUACAUUGAUUCAUGGAUGGAUAGACUAAAGGAGAAAGGAGAUAAUAAUGCCAGAACUGUGUUCUAUUUGGCUCUCACUCACUACAUGAAUGAUGAUAACCUCGAGAGAAUAUUCCAGUUAAGUACAAUCACUCCAUGUGUCACAAUUGCUUACAUAAAAACUCUAUGCUGCAUCAUUGAUGCUCUCUAUGCUCAACUUAGUGAGGUGAAGGAGUAUUCUAAUUUGAUGAAGAAACUCAAAUCUGAGGGAGAUGAUGAGUACAUCAAGAGAAUUUAUGAAGCAUUCUUCAUUUAUGCUUUCAUGUGGUCAUUUGGAGCUGCUUGUGAUGAUGAUUCAUACAUUAGCUUCAAUAGUACUAUGAAGAGUCUUGCUAAGAUUAAAUUCCCAGAACAAGGAAUUUGCUACGACUUCUUCUUCGAUCCAAUCGCUAAUGACUGGAUUCACUGGGAAGAGAAAGUACCAGCUUAUGAGGCUGAUUUUGAUAAACUAUAUCAAAACAUUGUUGUUCCAACUGCCGAUACCAUUAAGCACAAAAGUAUUCUUGAUUUGCAUAUGAAGCAAAGAAAACCAGUUCUUUAUGUUGGAUCUGCCGGUACUGGUAAAACUACCAUCAUUAAAGAUUACUUCUUGAAUGUUGAUAAAGAAACUGCUGUUGUUGCAUCUAUCAACUUCAAUUCUUACACUGACUCAAAAGAUCUCCAAGCUGUUAUGGAAUCAAAUGUAGAUAAGAGAGCUGGUAACACUUAUGGACCUCCACCAAAUCAUGUUUUGAUUUACUUCAUGGAUGAUGUUAACAUGCCUUUAGUCGACGAGUUUGGAACUCAAUCCCCAAUUUGUUUGAUUAGGCAAUUGAUCGAUUAUGGAAUUGUCUUUGAUAGAGAUCAUCUUGAAGAAAAGAAGAAACUUGUUGAUUGUCUCUACACUGCUUGUAUGAAUCCAAAAGCAGGAUCAUUUGUAAUUGAUUUACGUAUGCAAAGACAUUACUCUGUUUUCGCUUGUCUCACAACCUCUUCUGAAAUCUUGAAAACAAUCUAUGGCCAACUGUUAGAUUCUCACUUAUCCCACUUUGAGCAAAAUAUUAGUCAACUUUCGGAUAAAUUUAUCGAAGCAAUCACUAUUGUUUUCAAUGGAAUAGUGAAAACUCCUCAGUUCUUCCCAACAGCUAAGAAAUUCCAUUACCAGUUCAACUUGAGGGACUUCUCCAAGAUUGUGCAGAACUUGCUUCUGUCUAACCCUCAGUUAUACAGGAAUGAGCCACAAAAAUUGUACAGGCUCUGGUUGCAUGAGAGUCACAGAGUGUACCUAGAUAGGCUCCUCUUUGAAGAUGAUGUAGAAACUUACAUGAAGUUUGUUAAAGAAGCUGGAAAGAAGUUUGAUGUUAAAGAAGAAAUCCUCUAUGAAGAACCACUUAUCUACAACAGCUUUGUCUCUGCAGCUCAAGGUCAUGAGAAAUCUUAUUUACCAGUUGAAGAUAUCUCUGUACUCAAGAAAGUUCUUGAAGAUAAACUGUUCGAGCACAAUGAAAGCUAUGCUACUAUGGACUUAGUGCUCUUCCAGCAAGCCAUGGAGCAUGUCUGUAGAAUUUCCAGAAUUAUUGACCAGCCAUGUGGAAAUGCCCUCUUGAUCGGAGUUGGUGGGUCUGGUAAACAAUCUUUGUCUAAACUUGCUGCGUUCAUUCUUGAUUAUGAUGUGAUCAGACUUAUGGUCAGUACUAACUACUCAUUGAAUGAUCUCAAGGAAGAUCUAAGAAUAAUGUACACUAAGGCAGGAGUCACUGGAAUCCAGAUACUGUUCGUCUUAACUGACUCUCAGAUCAUUAAUGAAAAGAUGCUUGUGUUCAUUAAUGAUAUGCUCUCCUCUGGUUGGGUUCCAGACCUUUUCCCUAAGGAUGAGUUUGAUGGACUUCUUGGAAAGAUUAGAACUGAAGCUAAGAGUGCUAAUUAUGGGGAUACUCCAGAUCAAAUCUUUGAAUUCUUCUUGGACAAAUGUAGAAAGAAUCUUCAUAUUGCUCUUUGCUUCUCCCCAGUUGGUGACUUGUUCAGAAUCAGAGCCAGAAGAUUCCCAGGUGUCAUCAACUGUACCCAGAUUGAUUGGUUCCAUGAAUGGCCCAGGGAUGCCCUUAUCGGUGUGGCAGGAAGAUUCCUAGAAGAAGUUGAGCUACCAACUGAAGAAAUCAGAGAAGCUGUUUCUCUCAACAUGGCUGAGUGCCAUUUAUCAAUUGCAAAGGCAAACAAAGAUUUCUUGGCUAGAGAAAGAAGGUAUAAUUACACUACUCCAACAUCCUUCCUGGAGUUGAUCAAAUUCUACAAAUCUCUGUUUAAAAAGAAGGUCGAUAAGAUCAACGAUAACAUUGAAAGGCUUGAAACUGGUCUAUCAACAAUGGCUUCCACAACAGAACAGGUUGAAGGCCUCAAGGAAAAACUCGAGAUCAAAAUGGUUGAUGUCAAGCAACAAGAGGAAGAAACCAAUGCUCUUAUUGAAGUUGUCGGAAAAGAAUCGCUCAUCGCUGAGAAAGAACAGGAAUUAGCCAAUGUUGAACAGGAAAAAACAACUGCUCUUGCCAAUGAAGCAAAGAGAAUCAAAGAUGAAGCUGAUAAAGAGCUCGAAGAAGCUAUCCCAGCUAUGAAAGCUGCUGAAGAAGCUGUUAACUGUUUGACAAAGAAAUCUAUUGGUGAGCUCAAAUCUCUACCAAAACCUCCACCAGAAUGUGUUGAUGUCACAACAACAGUUCUAAUGCUUAGAGGUGAGAAAAAGAACUAUACAUGGCAGAACGCCCAGAAAAUGAUGAACAAUCCUGUAAAAUUCAUUGAUGAAAUGAGAGCUUUCGAUGGAAGAGAUAUUGAUGAUUCUAUUCUAGGAAAGAUUGCUGUUAUUUUGAAGAAGGACUUUUUCACAUUUGAUAUAAUGCUGGGUAAAUCACAAGCUGCAGCUUAUCUCUGCAAAUAUGUAAACAACAUCAUUACUUUCAACACUAUCUACAAGAAGGUUAAGCCCUUGAUGGAUGCUGCAGCAGAUGCAGAGAAGCAAAAGAAGGAUGCUGAGGCAAGCCUCAAGAUAGUCGUUGAUAAAGUAAAUGCAAUCAAUGCUCAAGUUGAUGAAUUAAAGGCUAAGCUUGCUGAAGCUGAAGAUACCAAGGCUAAAGUCCUUGCUGAAGCCAACGCAUUGCAGAACCAACUUGAUCUUGCUGAAAGACUUGUAGGUGGUUUGGCUGAUGAGAACAAAAGAUGGGGAGAAACUGUACAAACUUUGAACAACGAUAAGCUCACAAUGAUUGGAGAUGCUCUUCUCUCAGCUGAAUUUGUAUCAUAUAUUGCUCCAUUCAAUUCUCAAUUCAGAGAUUGGCUGUGGAAAGAAAUCUGGCUUCCUGAUAUUAUUGAAAAGAAGAUUCCAAUGACUGAAGGAGUAGAUCCUCUAUCAGUACUUGCUACACCAGCAGAACAAGCAGGAUGGAAGAAUGAAGGAUUGCCAUCUGAUAGAGUCUCACUUGAGAAUGCCUCAGUUAUUGUCAGUUGUUCAAGAUGGCCAUUGAUUAUCGAUCCUCAGUUACAGGGGCAAAAAUGGAUUAGAGGAAGAGAAGGAGGAGACCUCAAAACACUGCAAUUGUCUCAAAAGGCAUGGAUGAAGACUGUUGAAUUUGCAGUAUCAAACGGACAAAUCUUGCUUAUUGAAGGUAUUUCUGAAGAAAUUGAUUCUGUACUUGAUCCAUUGCUCUCAAGAUCAAUCAUUAGGAAAGGAAGAAACAACUUUGUACUCAAGCUUGGAGCUGAAGAGAUUGAAUAUAACCCAAGUUUCAAAUUGUAUCUUCAGACUAAGCUGUCUAAUCCUCACUAUAAGCCAGAAAUUGCUGCUCAAUGUACUAUCAUAAACUUUAUUGUCACUGAAUCUGGCCUUGAAGAUCAAUUGCUUGCUAGUGUUGUCAGAGUUGAAAAACCAGACUUAGAACAGACUAAAGAGGAAUUAGUGAAUAAACAAAAUCUUUUCCAGAUUGAAUUAGCUCAAUUGGAGGAAGAAUUGUUGAUUAACUUGUCUAAUGCUGAUCCAGCUACGAUUCUGACAAAUACUGCUUUGAUUGAAUCUCUAGAAAAGACAAAGGCUACUUCUAAAGAAAUCCAAGAACAACAAAUUAUUGCUAAGGAGACAGAGAUUCAAAUCAAUGAGUCAAGAGAAGUUUAUAGAAGAGUUGCUGCUGAAGGAUCCAUGCUUUACUUCUUGCUCAUCCAACUCUGUAUUGUCGAUCACAUGUACCAAUAUUCAUUGGAGUCAUUUAAUACUUUCUUCUUCAGAUCUUUUGAGAAGACUCCACAAUUUGAAAGUGACGAGAAGAGAGUGGUUGAACUCAGAGAACAGAUCAGGACUACGAUCUAUCAGUGGGUGUCCAGAGGAUUAUUCGAAAGACAUAAGCAAAUAUUCUUGUGCCAGAUUACUUUCAGAUUAAUGCAAAAGAAGAUCCUUGAAGUUGAUUACACUCCUCAAGAAUUCAAUUUCUUGAUCCAAUGCCCAAUCAAGACUGAAGUACCAAACCCAUUAAAAGAGUGGCUUCCAGAUCUGUCUUGGUACUCCAUCCAAAAGCUGAUUGAUAUCGAAGGAUUUGAGACAUUUGCUCAGAACUUGGAGAAGGAAUCUCCAACAAGAUUUAAGCAAUGGUAUGAUGAACUCCAACCAGAGAAUGAGAAACUCCCACUCGACUGGAGUAAGCUUGAGACUAUGCCAUUCCAAAAAUUGCUUGUACUCAGAUGCUUGAGACCAGAUAGGCUCACUGUUGCUUUGGAUAACUUCAUUAAGAAGAAACUUCCUGAGGGUUCAAAAUAUGUAGAUAUGGAUUCUACAUCUUCAUUCCAGGACAUCUUGUCAUCCUCACUUGGUGAAUCCACAACAACUACUCCAAUCUUCUUCAUCUUGUCUCCAGGAGCCAAUCCGGUUAAAGAAGUAGAGCAGGUUGCUCCAAGCAUGGGUAUUGAUCCUUACAAGCAAUUCCACAAUGUUGCCCUCGGACAGGGUCAGGAUGUAAUCGCCAUGAACAAACUGGAGCUUGGACAUAAGGAAGGACAUUGGGUAAUGCUUCAGAAUAUCCACUUGAUGCCUAAAUGGUUGUUAGAACUUGAAAAGAAGUUGGAUGAGUUUGCCUUAGAAGGAUCAAAUCCAUCAUUCAGACUCUUCUUGUCUGCCGAGCCAUCCAACGAUAUCCCAAUUGGUGUUCUGGAACGAUCCAUCAAGUUGACUAAUGAGCCUCCACAAGGACUGAAGCCAAACAUGAAGAGAGCUUUCACCUUCUUCUCAAGAGACCAGAUUGAAAGAUUUGAUGCUAAAGUGAAGACUAUCUUGUUCGCCCUCUGCUACUACCACUCUGUGGUCAUUGAGAGAAGAAAGUUUGGACCAAAGGGAUGGAAUAUGUCUUACCCAUUCAGUAUGGGAGAUCUCAGAGAUUCAGCCAUUGUGCUCCAGAACUACAUGGAAAGAAACGCAGCCAGUGGUAAAGUCCCAUGGGACGAUUUGAGGUAUCUCUUCGGACAGAUCAUGUAUGGAGGUCAUAUCGUAGAUGACAGAGACAGAAUCUUCAACACUUGCUUCUUGGAAAAUCUCAUGAAGGACAGCUUGUUAGAUGAAGCAGAACUCUUCCCAUUUGUAGAGGGUAAAGGAGUGUCAUUCAGAUGUCCAGGAGUCCUUUCCUAUGACAAGUACAUUGAGCAUAUUGAUGAAGGCCUCGUUCAAGAAACUCCUCUCGCUUAUGGAAUGCAUCCAAAUGCCGAAAUCGAUUUCAGAACAACUCAAUGCCUCGUACUGUUCAAAACUUUGGUUGAACUGCAACCAAAGGAUUCUGGAGAUGAUGAAUCAGGAGGUGGUAAUAUCAAGAUUGAAAAAACUCAAGAGCUCAUGGUAAAAAUCAACGAUGAUAUCCAACUUGACCAGAACAAGCCAAACAUGGAAGAUAUCCUCAGUAAACUUGGAGAGGAUAGAGAUCCAUUCCAGAAUGUCUUCUUGCAAGAAUGUGAAUACAUGAGUGUUCUCAUUGAAGAAAUCUUGAAAUCCCUUUCAGACUUGGAACUCUCAUUCAACGGAGAAUUGACAAUGACUGAUCAAAUGGAAGCUUUGAUGGACUCUAUCUUCCUAGAUAAUGUCCCUGAUAAGUGGCAGAAACUUGCUUUCCCAUCAUCAAGAGGACUUUCAUCCUGGUUGAUUAAUCUCAAGCAUAGACUUGAGCAAUUAAAUAUCUUCAGAGAUGACCCAUCGACCCAGAUGAAGGUAGUGUUCCUGAAUAGGCUGAAGAACCCACAGUCAUUCUUGACUGCAGUAAGACAGAAGUCUUCCAGAGAUAACGGUCUUGAAUUAGACAAGCUGUACAUCCAGACUGAAGUCACCAAGAAAAUGCAUAAUGAGAUCGAAGGAAUGCCAAGAGAUGGAGCUUAUGUGUUCGGAUUCCACGUUGAAGGAGCUAGAUGGGAUGCAGGAGUCAGCCAGCUUGAAGAAAGUGAACCAAAGAAGCAAUUCAGUGUUGUACCAGUGAUUAAUGUCAAGGCAGCUCUUGUACAAAAGGAUGGAAAAGAAGAAAAAGGUAUCUAUAAGUGCCCAACCUACAUGACUGUUGCCAGAGGAGCCACCUACGUAUUCACAGCACAGCUCAAGACUAAGCAUCCAGCUCAAAAAUGGAUUAUCGGAGGUGUUGCCAUGAUUCUAGAUGUUGAAGGAGUCGCUGAUGCUUACACAAUAGAUAAAGAAUAAUCAUUAAUUGAUUGUAACCCUUAUUAAUA